GAAAAUGUUGGAGUACUCCUCGCCGGUCCACCAAUUAGAUUUAGCUCCAAAAUGAACGUUUCAACCCGUUUAAAGUUUAACAAAAUUUUGUUCGAUGCUCGCAAAGUUUGUUUUACCCUCUUCGUGACUUUAAUGUUUGCUAUUCGAGAAGGCAGCUGGAAUGAUUUGGUGUUUGUUCCUUGUUUAUUCAGUAGGGGCAAUUAAAUGGGAAGCACCUGCACCCUACGACCCGGUGUGGCUUGCCAGCGUACAAACACACAUACCAGUCCCAUCUGUCAACGAGACACGGCUAUGGGGAUGGGUCAACAAUUAUGAUGUCCAGUUUAGACUAUUCACAAGGCGGAACCCGUAUGAAUAUCAACUUCUGAAAGCGAACGAUUCAUCGAUGCUGCGCGAAUCCAACUUCAACUUUAAUAACAAGGUGAAAGUCCUGGCGCACGGCUGGCUCAAUCACGGCGACGGUCCUAUGCCGGAAUCCAUUAAAGAAGCAUAUCUAAACGUGAGCGACCUGAACAUUAUCGUGGUAGAUUGGGGCACCGCAGCCAAUGUGAACUACAUAUUGGCCAGUUACAACGUAGCCUUAGUUGGAAGAAUGCUUACAGAGUUCCUUAAUUUUCUGAUAGGCGAAGGCGUUUCGAUGGACAACGUACAUCUUAUAGGACAUAGUUUGGGAGCUCAUGUUGUGGGUAUAGCCGGCGCUUAUAUAAAAGAAGGGCCCAUAGACACCAUAACAGGAUUAGACCCUGCAUUACCACUUUUCACACUGGGAAAUAAAGACGCACGUCUAGACAAGCAUGACGCACGACAUGUUGAAGUGAUACACACUUGCGGAGGCUACUUAGGCUUUGCGGCUCCUCUAGGGCAUAUUGACUUUUACCCCAACGGCGGCACUCGGCAACCUGGAUGUGGCAUUGAUUAUAGAGGUCUGUGUGCUCAUAACCGGGCCCACAUGUUUUUCGCGGAGUCCAUCAUAUCUGAUGUGCCUUUCACCGCCGUCCGCUGCAAGGAUUACGACGAGCUUUACUACCAGAGGUCCUGUAAAGGCACGGGCGAGAAGUUAAUCAUGGGUGGCUUUGAUAUUCAUUACGGGAAAGACGGAAUUUACUACCUCAAGACAAACGCUGAGAAACCUUACGCCUUGGGUGACGUAGCCCCAUGAGCUUGGGGUCACGACUGUUCUUUCAGCUAUGUAUACAAAUAAUGGAAAUUAACAAAUUUUCCUUUAUUAGGCCGCUCAGACAUUUUGUCGUGUCGCUUGUCAACCUAAUGGGUUCGUCUUCUUCAUUCUUAGCGGAUUAUCUCGAGACAAUAAUAUUAUGCUCACAGCACGAGCGUGAUCGAGUUGUUAGUUUUUCAUUUAGAUGGUCGGUGCCUACUAGUCUAUUUUAUUUAAGUAAUAUUAAUUAAUAGAAAACAUGUCUAACAUGUCCAAAGUACUUACUGUAACAAUUUUCAAUAGUUUUAAACAAUGGGGAUUGGGGUUAUCCAAAGCUUUAAGCUUUAAUAUUAUUUAUUACUUACUAUUGCCAACUUCGCCUAGGUAUAUAAAUUAAUUUUUCAGCAACAUUAUUAAUGGUAAAAAGUUGCCCGUGAGCCUGAGGCGCAGGAAAUGAGCUGUUUGAAGCUUAGGUAAUUGUUUAUUUAAGCAACUUGUUUCAGCGUUAUUAAUGAGGCUAAAGCUGGGUGUCCAUUAGCUACUAUCUCAUAAGCGAUCGCAUCUUUUCAACAGAUGAGCGUCUGAUGUUUAGUA